AUGGGUUCCUUUAAAUUGAAUGUGGAUGCAUCUCGAAAGUCAGUUUCUGGGAAUAUUGGUGCUGGGAAGACGAGAUCAUUCACGUUGAUCUCUGCUUCAGUGAAUUCCAUUUCGUCCAUUCCUUUGCCAGUAUAUUAGUGCAAGAUGGCCUUCCUCCUGAACAUGGCAGUAAAUUAUUCGCUCACACACCUAAACAUUUCUUGGAAACGAUGAAUGUGGAUGCCAUGGAUGCCCUCUGGCGGAAUGUCACAAACGCUUGAUUUCACAUUGUUUGGUAUCCACUCAACAAAGUAGGAAGAGUUCUUGUACUAAACAUUGAUCAUUUGUUCGUCCACCUCUUUAGUGCUCAUCUUGCACCUGAACAUGGCUGAGGCAGUGAGGCACCAACCAUGCCUGGGAUCAGCAGCGCACAUCAUGUUAUGGGAAUCCCACAUCUGCUGGGUCAAUUAUGGGACUUAG